GAUCUUCCGCGACGAAGAUCUCGCGGGAAAUAGGGGGGUCCUGCUUGUCUUUCUCCCCCGAGCCGGGUACACGUCGAGGAACACGACGGGAAUUUCGUAUACAUUCGAAUAUUCGGAUACCCGAGUCGCGAUGUCAAUGCGCAUGAUGCGACGUCAAUGCAGGUGAUCGUCGGUGACAUUAAGAUAAUUAUCGCGAUUAUCCAACGUGUGAAAACUACUACCACCCUCGCGAGCGAAGGAAUCGAGGAAGAUAUGCUAAUGUGUGGUUAGUGAUUUAAAAUAGUUUGUGAAGAUCGAAUAAUUCAAUUGGAGGCUGCACGACGAUCUUCGACGACCUUGAUUCACUCGCAGAAAUGUCAUCUCCGAUCGAAUUCCACGCGCGAGUCUUGAACGAGAUGAACGGGGCUUGUCAGUCAGUAAGUACCCAAAACAGUGAUAAAUUCGAUAUCGCUCGAGACUCAUGAAGAGAAAAACGGUGCCAUCUGCAAUAUAAAAUAGUAGCGCUUGGCUGAUCAGUAUCGAGCUCGAAGAUCGUUCAGUUCUUUCCUCGACUAAGGAUCGUUCUAAGGCGACAAUCGUAACAGUCAGCGAGCCAAGCAGCCGUGAUAUGUUCCCCUCCUCGUCAGCGGCGAUGCUGAAGAAUCUGCAGCAGAGUGCCAUGACCUCGCCCUUCCUGAUGGAGAACUUGCUCCAGAGCAAGGCAUCGCCGGGGACGGACCUCACGAGCCUGACCUUGAACUGGGCGGCGAGCCUGGUAGCGCGACAGCGCGAGAGAGAAUGCGAGGCGAGUCUCCGACUCGCUCGCGACCGAUCCUCCCCUAACGAUAUCGUCCAGGAUCAUCUGGAGCAACGAUCCGGCACGAUCGGCGGACGUGAUCGCAUAAUGAUCGACUGCGGCGUCAGGGAUCAGCAGAGAUCCAGCGGCGGCGGCAGGCCCGGCGAGCGGCAGCACGACCGGAUGCAGUUCCUUCAGCGUGAGAAGGAGAUCCUGGACCGGAGCCAGAGCGUGUACGACAUGGAGAACGAGAGGAUGGACGGCCCGGUGAUAGUGGACCGGCUGUGCGCUAUGGAGAGGCUCUGCAACGAGAGGAUCGACAAUCGAUCUAAUUCCGGCGUCGAGUCCUGCAAUUCGAACGUGGACGAGGACCCGAUUCCGGGCGCGGAGCUGGACGGUGGUCUUCAGCCGACCGACAGGGACGAGAUGGUGCUGGGUGAGCGCGUCUCCGCGAUCGAGAUAGACAGACGGUACGACCUUGGAUGCAGAAAUGUCAUGCACACGUCCGAUGAGAUGACGAUCGCAUCGGGGGAGAGGGAGGCGGCGGUGACGGCGGCGGCGACGGCGGUCGAGCGUGCCGUCGACAGAAUAGGCGAGAGGACCGCCGCCUGUUCCUGUGGCGACGAGCAGUGCUCCGGACCGGCGUGCAGGACCAUCCAGGAGAAGGAGAAGCCGCAGCUCAAGUUCAGCGUUAGCGCCAUACUCGGCGGUAAUCAUGACAGGAGGCCGCAUCCCGAUAACUUUCAAGGACUUCCGCCGGAAGCGAUACCCGCCUUCUUGCAAAAUCUGCAAAAUUCCGCGGGUUACAAUAUCGCCAAGCCGAUCGCGAGGCCGGCGGCUUAUCAUCCUUAUCACAGGCCGAGUCAUCAACCACCUCAGCGACACUUACCACCGAACGCCCAUCACACACUGCAACAACUGUUCUACAGGGGUCCAUAUUUGACAGUUGCUGGUUCCGGGACCGGAAGCCAUCAUCCCGGCACGCCCGGUGGAGGCGCCGUGUUCCCUGGGACCAUCCAGGGCAGCAUCGGCGACUUUUCCGGGACCGGCCUGGUCUUUCCAUGGGCGACGAACGCGCGCGGUAAGCCACGCCGGGGGAUGAUGAGAAGAGCCGUGUUCUCGGAUCUCCAGCGACGCGGACUCGAGAAGAGGUUCCAGAUACAAAAGUACAUCAGCAAGCCGGAUCGCAAGAAGCUCGCCGAGAAACUGGGUCUCAAGGAUUCACAGGUGAAGAUCUGGUUUCAAAAUCGGCGCAUGAAGUGGCGGAACAGCAAGGAGCGCGAGCUGCUGGCGACCGGCGGCUCGCGCGAGCAGACGUUACCGAACAAGAACAACCCCAAUCCGGAUCUGAGCGACGCCGACGGGGACAGGCCGAGAAUGGACUUGAGCGACGUGAGUCCGCUCACGAGUCCGCAGAGGCCCGAGGAACAAACGGAGAACGAGGACGACGAAGAGAUCAAUGUCACGUGAUAAUGCUCGCCGCUGGACCCAGCAUCCCCCGGUUCGCCCUCCGACGACAAGUGAUGACAAUUUUCGUAAUCCGUGAACCAAGUAGACUAUCGGCCGGACCAAAAGGAGAACAGAUUUAAGGCAGAUUUGACGGGCACUCGGAAAGAUCGCGGGAAUUAAUCUAGAGUUUUUAACUGAAUUUGUUUUUCAUUCGCACGUCAUUGCAAUUCCAAUAUCAAUUUUAUCACCGGUAUGGAGAACACGCGUCUCUUCUCGAGGCUUUCGGAUUACUUUGCGUGCAACGCCAUUUACUUUACGUCGAGAAGGGUGCAAGAUAAUUGCUAAGCAAGUCCGGAAGGGAGACGAUUAUUAAUUUUAAUCGUGUAAUUUUUUUCAGCUGGCUGAUCUUUAUUGGCGAUUGUAUAUUCGCGAAUAAUUGGACCAUUACAGGGUGUCCUAGAUUCAUUGUGCGAGAAGGAUAAUGUGUUGAACACGAAUUGCACGUGAUGUUUCGUCUCGCAAUUUUCAACGAUAGCCUUCAAUUGUUUAGCGGUCAUCGGUUUGUCCUCAAUAUUUUUUUCUCCCUUCCCCUACUUACUAGAGUUGUGGCUUUAUUAUUCGACAACAGCAACGUGUGACGUCGCAAACUGAUCCCGAACAAAAAAGGAAACGACGAAUGACGAGUGAAAAAUAAGAAUGCUGUAUUAUAUUGUAAUUAGCGCGAUGGAUGUACCUUCGAGAGGAGUCUUCUAUAAGCCAUUGUGUAAGGUUGUAUUAGACGUAACAUUACGAUUCUGGAAAUAUGUACCUAAGUCCACUCAUAAUGCGGCCGCGCGGCCAAAUCCAAAUGUAAUUACUUUCAUUGUGAUUCAAUAUAAUCUAUGUAAUAUAUUGAAAUAAAACUGUCUAUGCUAAGCGAG